AAAUAAGCGACGAAUUUUUUUUAAACAUAAGUGGUUUUUUUAAAAUGAAGACUGUAUACUUUAUUAUUUCCAUUGGCUUGGCAACUGUUGCAGCCAAGUCAUUAGAAUUUACAAAUGAAAUAAAUGGCGAAAUUUGUAAAUUGAAUCAACGUUAUAGCGACUGUGCGACGGCUUGUCCACUCAGUUGUGGUAAAAAAAAUUUUGAUAGAGAUGACUGUCCAAAUGAUUGCAGUCCAGGCUGCGAAUGUAUCGACGGCUAUUAUCUGAACAAAAAUCUAGAAUGCGUUAAACCAGAAAAUUGCGACCCGCCAAAUGAGUCACGGCACAGUCUAUUGGUCGCGAAUUGCGGAGCUAACCAACAGUUUUCAUUUUGUCGGUCACCUUGUCCGCCAUCUUGUGGAAAGAAAUCAAUUUCACCUUGUCCAUUCAAUUGUACUUCCGGCUGUGAGUGUUUGGACGGAUUCUUUUUAAACAAAAAUCGUGAAUGCGUAAAAUUGGAAGAUUGUUACCAUGAAAAAAUUCCAGCAAAUCCAGUAUGUGGAGUAAACGAAACUUUUAAUUCCUGUCAUAGAUCUUGUGAAUUUAAAUGUGCCGCAGAUUAUCUCCCUAAAUUAAUUCCAAUGUGUGUAGUAAGAAGAAAAGAAUUGUAUGGCAUUAUUAAUGGAGCGUAUUCACGUGGGAAAAAUUGGACUGCUAUUGUGGAAGCAGAAUCAAAGAAAUGUUGGACCGGAUGUGGAUGCUCGGAUGGAUUCUGGAGAAAUUCUAAAGGACUUUGCGUUAAACCUGAGAAUUGUUUCGAUCAUUUGAAUAAUUAGUAUGGACUUUAAAUUUAAUUAUAACUAUGAGUCUAGUAGACUUACGGUGGAAAUCAACUGGACCAAUCUUGUAGGAAAUUUAAUCCUCUACAAAAUUGGUCCUCAUCAAUUUUCUCCUAGAGUCAAUACUUUACCCGGAAUUUUCUUUCAAAGUAACGCAUAAUAAUUUUUUAUGCUAUUUCUAUUAAGUUUUAUUGUUUCCAAGAUUAAAAUCGAAAUUUCUGCUAAACUAUCAAAGUUACGAUAAAAAUCAAUUGAACCAAUCUUGUAGGAAAUUUAAUCCUCUACAAAAUUGGUCCUCAUCAAUUUUCUCCUAGAGUCAAUACUUUACCCGGAAUUUUCUUUCAAAGUAACGCAUAAUAAUUUUUUAUGCUAUUUCUAUUAAGUUUUAUUGUUUCCAAGAUUAAAAUCGAAAUUUCUGCUAAACUAUCAAAGUUACGAUAAAAAUCAAUUGAACCAAUCUUGUAGGAAAUUUAAUCCUCUACAAAAUUGGUCCUCAUCAAUUUUCUCCUAGAGUCAAUACUUUACCCGGAAUUCCCUUUCAAAGUAACGCAUAAUAAUUUUUUAUGCUAUUUCUAUUAAGUUUUAUUGUUUCCAAGAUUAAAAUCGAAAUUUCUGCUAAACUAUCAAAGUUACGAUAAAAAUCAAUUGAACCAAUCUUGUAGGAAAUUUAAUCCUCUACAAAAUUGGUCCUCAUCAAUUUUCUCCUAGAGUCAAUACUUUACCCGGAAUUCCCUUUCAAAGUAACGCAUAAUAAUUUUUUAUGCUAUUUCUAUUAAGUUUUAUUGUUUCCAAGAUUAAAAUCGAAAUUUCUGUUAAACUAUCAAAGUUACGAUAAAAAUCAAUUGAACCAAUCUUGUAGGAAAUUUAAUCCUCUACAAAAAUGGUCCUUAUCAAUUUUCUCCUACACUCGUUAUUUUGUCCGUUAUCAUAAUUUAAAUAAAAAAUUUCACAUAUCUAUUCCAUGUAUAAAAAAAUGUACACUCAAAAUUUAAAUAUAUCACUCUUUAUUAAUUAUAAA